AUGGGCUCUCCUCGUUCCCUAAAUUAUAUGUAUCGCUUGCCUGAUUGGGUCCGUUGUGUCCCCCUUAUGUGCUCGACAAGGUGUCUGAACGUCAUCCGUCGACCCCCUGGAUUCGGGCGCUCAGCCUUUCUAUCGACCGUCACCGAUUGCCUUGAUGUUUUAUCGCCCCGUCCGUGCAAAGAGCUCUGGUCAGGGCCUCUAAGCGGGAGCUGCCCACGCUUCGAUUUCAAUUGUGGGCAGAUUCUGCAUAUCGACAUGGGACGCCUGACCUACGAGACCGACGAGCAGCUGAAAGAGAAUACAGCUAACCUGUUGCGCAGCGCAGUCACGCGAUUCCUCGACAAGUACCAAUCCUACAUAGGCUUUUCGGACAAAGAGCGCACGGAGGUGCUUGCGCAAUGUGACCCCAACGGCUCAUUGGAGGAUGCAAUGUAUCUAGCUCUCACGCGCGAUCACCCCAACGUCUUCACAGGACUGGCCCCAGAUCACUGCAAUCCUCUACAAAGCCCUGUUUGGCCCUCUCAUGACCUUGGUCGUCGCGGAAUACAUCGACAGCGGGCUCCUCGUAGGAUCAUCCGAGAUGGACGACGAUCCCAUGGCGUUGGCGUCGCUCUCGUCCGAGGAGCCGGAAGUCGAUGA